CCCAGAGGCCCGGCUGCUGUGGGGCUGCGGGACUCGCGGGGAAGGGCGACUCCACCGAGAUGUGGGACCCGCUGCAGGACAGCGACUCCGCGGUGGUCGCCGGGCACCGCCAGCGCUGGCUCUGCGUCGGGGCGGUGGUGCUGGCGUGCUCCGGACUCUUCCUCAUCGGCUUCCUCUUUGGGUGGUUUAUAAAAUCUUCUAAUGAAGUUACCAACAUUGCUCCCCAUUGUGGCAUGAAGAAGGCAUUUUUGCAUGAAUUGAAGGCUGAGAACAUCAAAAAUUUCUUAUAUAAUUUCACAAGGACACCACAUUUAGCAGGAACAGAAAACAAUUUUGAGCUUGCAAAGCAAAUUAAGUCCCAGUGGAAAGAAUUUGGCCUGGAUUCGGUUGAGUUAGUCCAUUAUGAUGUCCUGUUGUCCUAUCCAAAUGAGACUCACCCUAACUACAUUUCAAUAAUUGAUGAAGAUGGAAAUGAGAUUUUCAAAACGUCAUUAUCAGAACCACCUCCCCCUGGAUAUGAAAACAUUUCAGACAUUGUGCCACCUUUCAGUGCCUUCUCUCCACAAGGAAUGCCAGAGGGGGAGCUAGUGUAUGUUAACUAUGCACGAACUCAAGACUUCUUUAAACUGGAACGGGACAUGAAGAUCAAUUGCUCUGGGAAGAUUGUGAUUGCCAGAUAUGGAAAAGUGUUCAGAGGAAAUAAGGUUAAAAAUGCUCAGCUGGCAGGUGCGAAAGGAAUCAUUCUGUACUCAGACCCUGCUGACUACUUUGUUUCUGGAGUGAAGCCCUAUCCAGAUGGUUGGAAUCUUCCCGAAGGUGGCGUCCAGCGUGGAAAUGUCUUAAAUCUUAAUGGUGCAGGAGACCCUCUCACACCAGGUUACCCAGCAAAUGAAUAUGUUUAUAGGCAUGAAUUUACAGAGGCUGUUGGUCUUCCAAGUAUUCCUGUUCAUCCAAUUGGGUACCAUGAUGCUCAGAAACUCCUAGAGCACAUGGGUGGUUCAGCACCACCAGACAACAGCUGGAAAGGAGAUCUUAAAGUACCCUACAAUGUGGGACCUGGCUUUACUGGAAACUUUUCUACACAGAAAGUCAAGCUGCACAUCCACUCCAACAAUAAAGUGACAAGAAUUUAUAAUGUGAUUGGAACUCUCAGAGGAGCUGUGGAGCCAGACAGAUAUGUCAUUCUUGGAGGUCACAGAGAUGCAUGGGUAUUUGGUGGCAUUGACCCUCAGAGUGGAGCAGCCACUGUCCAUGAAAUUGUGAGGAGCUUUGGAGUGCUGAAGAAGGAAGGAUGGAGGCCUAGAAGAACGGUUUUGUUUGCAAGCUGGGAUGCAGAAGAAUUUGGUCUCCUGGGUUCUACUGAAUGGGCAGAGGAAAAUUCGAGACUCCUUCAAGAACGUGCUGUGGGCUAUAUCAAUGCUGAUUCUGCCAUAGAAGGAAACUACACCCUAAGAGUUGACUGCACACCACUCUUCUACAGCUUGGUAUACAACCUAACAAAGGAGCUGCAAAGCCCUGACAAAGGCUUUGAAGGCAAAUCUCUUUAUGACAGCUGGAGUGAAAAGAACCCUUCACCUGAGUUCAGUGGCAUGCCCAGGAUUAGCAAGUUGGGGUCUGGAAAUGAUUUUGAAGUGUUUUUCCAAAGACUUGGAAUUGCUUCUGGCAGAGCACGAUACACCAGGAACUGGGAAACAAAUAAUGUCAGCAGCUAUCCACUCUAUCAUAGUGUCUAUGAAACAUAUGAGUUGGUGGAAAAAUUUUAUGAUCCAACAUUUAAAUAUCACCUCACUGUGGCCCAGGUUAGAGGAGGGAUGCUAUUUGAACUGGCCAAUUCGGAAGUGCUCCCAUUUGACUGUCAAGAUUAUGCUGUAGCCUUAAAAAUGUAUGCUGAGAAAAUCUACAAUAUUUCAAAGAAACAUCCACAAGAGAUGAAAAAGUACAUGGUAUCAUUUGAUUCACUGUUUUCUGCAAUACAAAACUUUACAGAAAUUGCAUCUAAGUUCAAUAAGAGACUGCAAGACUUAGACAAAAGCAACCCAUUAUUGUUGAGAAUUAUGAAUGAUCAACUGAUGUAUCUGGAGCGAGCAUUCAUUGACCCUUUAGGGUUACCAGGCAGGCCUUUCUAUAGGCAUAUCAUCUAUGCCCCAAGCAGCCACAACAAGUAUGCAGGGGAGUCAUUCCCAGGAAUUUUUGAUGCUCUGUUUGAUAUUAAAAGCAAAGAAGAUCCUUCCAAGGCCUGGAGGGAAGUGAAAAGGCAGAUUUCCAUUGCAUCCUUCACAGUGCAAGCUGCAGCUGGGACAUUGAGAGAAGUAGCCGAAGGGCAUUGAGAGAAUCCUUACUGAGCUGCUAUUGCAUCCAUGGGAAUGUUGAUAAAUUAAAAUACAACUGUUUGACAUUUUAUGUUUAUUAGUUUGUAGGUGUACAUAACACUGUAUCCCCCACCCC